AUGGAACCACACUCGAAAUUGCGCGUCCCCCGAGGGUUGUGGAAGGGUCGGGCCAAUAAGCAACGUGGUUCAAACCUUGCUUCGAACCAUCGCCCAGCCAAACGCCACCGUUUUGAUUCCGAGGAAACAACUGAGGACGGCGACACUGAAGAAGUGUUCUACGUUGUAGAGUGCUCUCCAGAGCCAGAAGACGAGCCAGAAAUGGAAAACGAGCCGGUGGUUGCGCCAGACAGCGAAAAGGUAGAGGAGUGGAACGAUUUGAAGGAGCUCUUUUUCCGAGCAACUCAAAUGUAUGAUAACGACGAUAUAAGCGAGGCUUUGCCGUUGUUACGCGGUGUUAUCCAUGAGUGCCAUCGGUUGCUCCUAUUAUAUACCGACCCCAGUUGUCUGUACAACGGACUACCUCGGAGGACACCGUCUCCAGAGCCCAUCUCAAUAUCUCCUUCGGCAAAACCAGCAAAGAAAUGUACUUGCGCUGAAUCGCCGACUGCCUUUCACGCACUUUUGGGAACGGCGCUGUUCUUGUUCGGCAACUUAAUCUCUCAAGACUCUUCUUUAGCCGUAGAUGACGAGCCCACUCAUCCUGCGACCUAUUGGUUAGCCGCACUUGAUGUAUUCGAAACUGGCGAAAACCUUCCCAGUCGAACGAGUGGGCGUGGCUGUGUCGCUCCUGAAGACUGGAGAAUGGCCAUUGUUUGGGGAAGGACUCUGCUUGCCGUUGCUGACGAGGCUUUGUCUUUAUCACAAGGCCGUAAAACCGCACCACCUCCCCCAGAACCAAAAUGGCCGAGUCCUGCUGCCUCUCCCUUUGCAGCAAUUGCUCUGCGGCGACCACCUGCUUGUCGACGCAUAACCUUGAGUGCAUCCCCUCACGACUUGCUCCUCCUUGCUAUGGACCAAUUCACCCGGGGUAUCUUCCACAUGCCACAUCCAGCCCAUGCUUCUGAAGAAGCACCCGUUGAAACUUCACGACCAUUUUCCCGUGCUACCGAGCUGUUCACUAUUGCUAGGGAAGUCCUUGCACUAGCAGAGCGACUACCUACGGCCUCUGAGCGAUUACGUUGGGCUACUUGGGCGGACGGCAUCCUGCAACAAAUGGAUAUGGAGGGUGACACAAAUCGGGAGCAAUGGCGUGGUCCAGUAACAAGGGCAAGGGGAGAGUGUUGGUUAGUUGUCGGGACUGCAAGAAUGGAGGACAUCGAAGCCAUAGCCGAGGAUCGUGGUUGGGAUGAAGAGGUUUUGGACAGUGAAGAUGCCGAAGAAGCUCGAGAAGGGCUAAACCGCGCAAUCGAAUAUUUUGAACGGGCGGCGGGUAGUGCCAAAGGGGAGUUUGGAGAUGAAGUGGAGGAUAUGCCAGACGAACAACAGCAAAUGCAUGCUUUUCUGGCUGAAGCGUUGCUAACUUUGGCCAACCUAACAAAAGAUGAAACGAAAAGGGAGGAGCUCUACCAGAGAGCACAAACGUUGGGCGGGGAGUCUUUUUUGGAAGGCAUGGAUGUAGACGAUUAA